AUGCCUGGAAUACUCCCGAUGAAGGUCAUCAAGGUGGGCACGAAUGCGCAAACGAGGAUUGCGCAGGCUUGUGAUAGAUGCCGAAGCAAGAAGAUACGAUGUGACGGCAUACGGCCGUGCUGUACGCAGUGUGCGAAUGUAGGGUUCGAAUGCAAGACUAGUGACAAGUUGAGCCGGCGAGCAUUCCCGCGAGGGUAUACCGAAUCAUUGGAGGAGCGGGUGCGAGGGCUGGAGAAUGAAGUCAGAGAAUUGAAGGAGCUGUUGGACGAGAAGGACGAGAAGAUCGACAUGCUGACGCGGAUACACUCGAACUCAUCUUUGCAACUACCCUGCUCUCGACGACCGUCUCGCACGUCCGUCGAUUCUGGCAGUGCGAACGCGGAGACGCCUGAGAAGGAUGAAGUGUUCAAAGUGCAGCAGUCGCCUUACUUACUGGCUGGCGCCGUGAAUGGUGGCGAUUCGUACUUCUCGGGCACAUCAAGCAGCAGGACAUUCAUCGAGGCCUUCAAGCACAAAGUACAGGAGACUGGCCGUUCGACGGCUGAUAUUUGCACUGAUGCAUUGCUUGCGAGCAAGUUCAAGAACUCUGCGGAGUCGUCGCCGUCACCUUCCGCACCCGUGGUCUGGAAAGCGCCACCUCGUCUUGUGUCUGAUCAGCUGGUGAACAUCUUCUUCCAGGAGUGGGCGCCACUGUACCCGGUGCUUCAUCGACCGACGUUCUUGAACCUGUACGAAAAGUAUGUCGCUGAUGCUGAUGCCGUGACGGACAAGACUGCCAUUGCGCAGCUGAAUUUGGUCUUUGGCAUCUCUGCCCUAUCAAACGGCUCUCGUGCUUCGGAUGAUCUGGAAAGCUUUGAAGGACAAUGGAAGGCUGCUAUCGAUGCAAUCUUGAACGAGAAUACAAUGGGCACGCUGCAAGCCUUGGUCUUGGCGCAGAUCUACUGCGUGCAGCAGGGCGAUCUGACGAGACUACUGACAUAUAAAGGUCUUUCGACCACGCUGUCAGCACGACUAGGGCUCCAUCAAUCACAGAAACGUUUCGCUCUCGGCACACUGACAUGCGAGACGAGGAAGAAGGUGUUCUGGACGCUCUACACCGUCGAUAGCUUUACUGCUGUUACACUAGGUCUUCCAAAACAGCUCAAGGACGACGAUGUGCAUUGCGAGUAUCCUGUAGAUGCCGAUGACGAAUAUGUGACCGAACGCGGUUUUCAGCCUACCCUACCUGGCGAGUCGACUAAGUUGUCGAGUGCGCUUGCACUCUUCCGUGCUGCGCGCAUCCUGUCGAAAGUGCUCGAGGAAGUCUUUCCGGCCAAGACGUCGUACGAUCUUUCGAUGAAGAAGCUUGGCGAGCUGUCGGAUGAGCUUGAUGCCUGGAGCAGCUCCCUGGCGCCACACCUUCGCUUGCAAUUCGCACAGGACAAGCCGAGCACUGGCACCAUCAGUAGCCGAUCGCCAUUGCUGUCCAUGACAUACCACUACAUUCGCGCACUCAUUCAUCGACCUGCAGCUAGUGCGUCUACUGGUAGCAGCCUUUCGUCUUCCAAAAUGACAUUGGCAAGCUCAUGCAAGCAUAUCGUACAACUCGUGCAGCUACUGGAGGAGAGAGCUAUGUGUUUUGCGUUCUGUCUUAACAAGGAUGAACUCCUGGUGUUGUCUGGCUUCGGUCUGCUUUUCCAAGGAUUGGACCUUGAUCCUGCAUCCAAGAUCCUGAAGGAUAACCACAAGACUGUCUUGCGAAUCAUCAGCGUUUUGGACAAAUUCAAGGCACCCUGCGCUAUGGACUUUGGUCGCGUCGCUCGCUCCUUCUUGCCAGCGACGCCUGCUGUAACGGCAACCAAGCCCACCAUCCAGCCGGCCUCGACAAAGCGUGUUCUCUCUACCCCAAAGGAGAGCGUACCGACGCUGUCGCGUCACAAUUCAGACUCCGCCGCUAUGACAAUCACCCCAAUCCCUAGCCUGCCAGCAUCGACUCGAAGACAGCUCAAAGCAAUUGCUUCGCGCUUCACAAUGAAGGGUUCAUCCUCCACGUCGACAAAGAUGGAUCCACCAUCUGAUCAUCGUCGUGCGACCGUCCACAACAUUAGUCUUCACCCUAAUGCGUUCGUGACGCAAAGCCAACCCUCGCUAUCGCCACCCAUGCCGGCAGCGGUAUACCAGCCAUCCUCCUUGUCCCGCUCCGAGCCAUCGCGUAGUCCGAGCAACACAUAUGGACGACCAGCGUCGAUGCUAGAACGGCCAUCGGCGCCUCGCCCCGUAAAUAAGACUCGACCUGCAUCGCAGCAGCACAUGCAGCCACCACAACAAAAGCCGAAAUCUAAGCCGCAACAGAAGCCAAGUAGCCAUCCUAACCUAGACUACCUAUCAUUUGGCCUAGAGUCUGAGGAUCGUGUUAGGGUAGCUAACAGCACAAACUCAGUCCCUAUCAAGUCUGAGCCAUCGCCUACGGAAUGGGAAAAGCUACUCGGAAGUCUCGACAAUGGCCAGACAAAUAUCUAUGAUGCCUGCUAUGGAGGUCAGCCCAUCGAAGCACUAUUCGAUACUGCUCACCACAAUACGACAUCCAUGGCCGCUCAUGCCACUGCAAUCCAGGCAGCCACCGCAACCCAAGCAGCGGUCGCCGCUUCCGCCUCGUGGGAUGCAGAUCUUUGGAGCCUAUAUCAGACCGACACGAAUACGAGCGAUCUUUCGGCAUUGACGAACAGCAACGCGAGUGGACAGACGGAGAGCUUGUUCUCAUUCACAUCGGAUGAAGAUGGGGUGCGACUUGUGCCUUCACCGCCACAGAAGGAUGAUGUGGCGGGAGGUCCCUGGCCAGGAAGUGUAAAUGGCAGCACUGAUGACUUGUACAGGGGCAUUUGUGUGCCAGCUGACUUGCUCGCGCACGGAGAAGAGCUGGGCUUUGGUGCCGCAGCAGGCAGUUGGGAUGAAGGGCUAGGAUUAGGCCUGUAG